AUGCUGUCCGCAAUUCCAGAACGGCCUGUGCACUCCCUAUACUUGGGGCAGGGUGCGCUAUCACAUCGGUCCUACGUGGAGAUUGGACGUGGUCUCCAUGAGCUAGAGGGUCGUUUCCACCGAAUUGUGCGCCCAAACAAGGUGACUGGCCCCAUUUUGACGACUCGAUCCCAGCAUGACAAGGCACUGAGCUACUGGUAUGUUAUCGCUACACGGCCAGAGAGGGAGGAUUUUAGUAUCAUCGAACUGCCACCACCAAGAUAUGGAGCUGUCGGGGUUUAUGGUUUACAAGGACUGCGGAAAGCGAAAGACAUAUCGAUGAUUCCAGGAAAUCAAAAAUACGAGUUCAUGCCCGGCGAAAUAUAUAACCUCGACGCGAGCGAAAUCGUUUGCAACAAUGUCGACUUUUGGUCAGCAGCGCAUAGCGACAUUCUCCAUAAAGAGCUUGCGGAAGUGUUCUGGGCUGCGGUAAUGACUGGGCGGAAAGAGUUUAUAGGUACUGUUGCCGGUAGCGUGAGACAGGGAGAACCCAAAACUGCAGUCAGGUCAUCAUCUUCUGACGUGACAAAGGGACCAACAGAUAAAGGGAGUAGAGAUUGA